CGAUGUUAACAUCGAUGUCAUCGAUGUUUUGAAAACAUCGUUGACAUCGAUGUUUGGCAAGCCAACAUCGAUGUUUAUCAUCUCUAACGAGCAUCAAGCAGGGAAGACGUGAAAAUUUUUCAAUUAUCAUCCCAGUUAUAUGCGAGCUUUUCCACAAAAUUUCUGGUCUGGAUUGUAAACUCAAAACAACUGAAGGAACUAUUGCUUUGGGAUAUAUCAAGACUUGCUUGCGUGAGAGAUUAUUGCCAUAUGAGGGUAGAACCAUUCCACGUAUAGCCACCAUUCUUGACCCUCGUUUUAAAAAACAGGGUUUUCUCAGCCAAACCAACUCAGAAGAAGCGGCUAAAGCUUUGCAGGACGAGCUAAACUCCACCCUUGUGUCCAUUCCUCGACAGCAACCAGCACCACCAACAGAAGAACCCACACGAUUUUCUUUCAUGAAAUCAAAAUUGGAUGCAAAAGUUCAAUCAUUCCGGGCCGAUGCUAUUGUCCUGUUGCGACAACAUGUGGAAAAAGAGAACCAGCCCGAAAAGUGCGAGCCACUUGCGUAUUGGGAGAUGUCUACCGAAGAAGCUUUUAAAAUCUUGUCUAAAAAGUAUUUUUGCGUUCCCGCUUCAUCGUGUGAAUCAGAACGUGUAUUCAGCAAAGCAGGACAACUGAUAUCCGACCGUCGCACCAGACUUUCAUCUUCGGUCGUCGACAAACUUUUGUUUUUAAACAAAAACAAACAUAUAAAUAAAAUUUGACUGUGAUAAAAAAAAUUUUUUUUCUUUUAAACAUCGAUGUUUCAUCGAUGUUUUGCCCCAAAAACAUCGAAAACAUCGAUGUCCGCGAACAUCGAUGUUUCUCCACCUCUAUUGCCCACAUUAAUAUUAUUUUCAUUGAUUUAUAAUUUCAGAAAGGAUGAUUCAUAAAAUAACCAGUUUGACGACAUUCCAAAAUAUGGAAUUCUCUGAAAAAUUUCUGGAGUGGGUAGAGAGUCGGAGCUCUACUUAUAAAAACGGAAUUUCGGUUAUGGGAAGCAAUAUUAGAUUUUUCCUUAAUAAGGAGGAGCCCUUAUUUUUGAUAUUUGAUGAGUUCCAUUUAAAGGACAUUGACAAUGCACCAUCACGAUAUGCAAAAUGGAAGGUGUUUUGCGUGGGAAUUUCGAAUUUAAAAGGACAUUUUCAAAUAAUUUAUUUGAAAACAAUGACUUCUGGCCACGAACAAAUAGGUUCUUUAGCAAUUAAAGUUGGUGUCAAAAAUGCAACUGACCUCAUUAAAGCUAACGGCGUUUUAUAUAGCCGUUUAGCAGGGGCAGUUGCAGACAAAUGUGCAUCUAAUGGCGAUGCAAUCGACUUUUUAAAGAGCCAGGGACUUCCCGUUAUUUAUGAUCUGCGCCACCUUGUGGAUAAAUUAAAUUCAUUGGGUCACGUUGAUUUUAUAUUGGGACACCUGUUGCAACAUUCUUUUUCAAAAUCUACUUAUAUGGAUAAAAUUAAAUCCAUCAAAACGGUAGUGGAGAGGACAGUGCCCCAACAAUUACAAGCUCGAUAUGAGAACGAGCUUUCAGCUAUACAAUAUUUCCUGAGAAAUAUUUUUAAAACUUUUCCCGAACGCAUCGAAUCGGUGAACUCAGAGUUGUUUGAGAGCAUGGGUUCAUCCAUUGGAGGGACACUCUACGAUGCUGCUAGCGAAGCGUUUCAAAAGUAUAAGGAAUUGGAGAACGUGGAGGAGGCCAUCAUCUUCAUGGCAACUCUUACCACAGUGGUAAUACAAAAAAAACACAAGAACCUGGUGGAUGUUUAUAACUUAUUGGAGGAUCAAGGACCAAACGAUCGAGGAGAAAAGAGACACCAUAGCAAUGCAGGGCUCGACGGGCCAUCAAGAAGAGGGUCUAAUGAAAUAAGUUGGGAGUCACCUGGCUUUAUCCAAUAAAAAAAAAAAAAAAAACACGUUGAUAAAUGUUUUAAAAUAUUUUUAAAUAAAUAAUAAAUAAUAAAAAAUAAAAAAUAUUAUAUGAGGAUUGGGCAUUGAGGAUUUGAGGCUGUAGGGUGGAAAUGCUUAACAGGUUCCGGGAGUUUUGCACAUGCAGUUCUUCUGCUUCAACUGCCGCAUUUCGUCCGAGGAGGCGGGCGACUUCUUCUGGCUGCCCAUCACAAUGCCCACCGAAGGAAGAAACGCGUUUUCAUUGUACUUGUUGGACUUGUGGCAAUCCGUAAAUCCGUAUUUCCAGUAUUAUCCAGUGCAAUGCUUCUUUUCAAAUAA